AUGUGGCGCGCGCUGCUCCGGGCCGGGAGCGCGGCCCCCCGGAGCGGCCCCGGCGUGAGGGGAGAGCGGCGAGAGCGGGGCGCACGGACAGCGAGGAGAACGUGGGCUGCCAUCACGAUGCCUGAAGUAAACACAGAUCACCUGGAUGAGCAGCAGGUGCAGCUCUUGGCAGAGAUGUGCAUCCUUAUCGAUGAAAAUGACAAUAGGAUUGGAGCAGAGACCAAGAAAAACUGUCACUUGAAUGAAAACAUUGACAAAGGUUUACUGCACCGAGCUUUCAGUGUUUUCUUAUUUAAUACAGAAAAUAAACUGUUGCUGCAGCAGAGGUCAAAUGCAAAAAUUACAUUUCCAGAUUGUUUUACCAACACUUGUUGCAGCCAUCCUCUAAGCCAUCCACAAGAACUGGAGGAAAAUGAUGCCAUUGGUGUUCGGAGAGCAGCACAGAGACGACUGAAAGCAGAGCUGGGAAUUCCCAUGGAGCAGGUAACUCCAGAAGAAAUCUCCUACCUGACACGAAUUCACUACAAGGCCAAGUCUGAUGGGAUCUGGGGAGAACAUGAGAUAGACUAUAUUUUAUUUGUGCAGAAGGAUGUGACGCUGAAUCCUGACCCCAACGAGAUACAAAGCUACUGCUAUGUGACACAGAAAGAACUGAAACAGCUCUUGGACAAAGCUGCCAGGAAUGAAGUUAAGAUCACUCCGUGGUUCAAGCUGAUAGCAGAGACCUUUCUUUUUAAGUGGUGGGAUAACUUGAAUAACUUGAACAAAUUUGUUGAGCAUGAAAAAAUACACCGAAUGUAAAUACCUGGGAUAAAAGGUGCUGAAGGCUAGCAAUGAUGUGUUGUGUCAUUAACACUGAUAAAUCAUGACUUAAGUGCAGAGAAUUGAUCCACGUGGAGCAUGUUUAGUUUAUACAGAUGUCGUCAUAGCCAGUGUUUUUUCUUCUUUCUUUGUCACCUCUUCCCCUUUAUCUGUGGUUCCCUUGGGCCUGUUAUGGUCUCAUGUAAAAUGGGUAACAGGAGCAAGAAACCCCUGGGUUCCUCUUCUUCCGUUGCCUGGGAAAGAUCCUCAGCCCCUGCAUGCCCUGCACACCGGGGACGAGCCCAGGCACCUCCUGCCCAGCCCAGGCAGGAGGACUGGGCAUGACUGUGGGCUCUGCUGCAAUGUUGAGAAGACCAAUUGCCAGAAGAAAACAAUUCAAAGUAAUCAGGAUUAUUUUAAUUGCAGAAAGCAAAUCUCUUCAGCUCUGUACUCUAUAAUUAACCAAACCCAUAAAAGCUUAAGUAAUUGGAUUGCUUGUGUGGAGUAAGUUUGACUUUGAAGUGCUGACAUAUGUGUUAAAGCUUUAGAUAAUAAACAGUGUUUGGGGAUUUUCUCCCCACCAGGCUUUUCUGAUUGAAUGAAAUUUUAAUGAUUCAGUUGA